AGCUUCUGAGUGACUACCACAGCUGUAUGGCACAGCAGGGCAUGGAUCCGCAGCUGCAGGGUCAGGCUCUCCGCCAGCUCUUCUACUUAAUCGGAGCCACUUCACUCAACAGCAUCCUUCUGCGCAAGGACCUCUGCUCCUGCCGCAAGGGCAUGCAGAUCAGGUGUAAUAUCAGUUACCUGGAAGAGUGGCUGAGGGAUAAAGGCCUUCAGGGCUACAAUAUUAUGGAGACUCUAGGGCCGCUGUCCCAGGCUGCAUGGCUCCUGCAGGUGAACAAAACCACGGACGACGAUGCAGCUGAGAUCCAGCAGAGAUGCCACGAGCUCUCACCAGUUCAGAUUGUGAAGAUCCUCAACUCGUACACUCCUAUCGACGACUUCGAAAAACGAGUUGCGCCGUCUUUUGUGCGGAAAGUUCAGGCACUGCUUCAGGAGCGUGAGGGCUCAGCUCAACUGAUGAUGGACGCACAGUACCGCUUCCAGGUUACUUUUCCUUUCUGUUCAUCCACACAAGCACUGGAGCUCCUGCAGGUGCCCAACAGCCUUCACCUGAGCUUUGUCACUCUCAUAUGAGCCCUGACCUUGGACUGCUUCUUCAUCACUGGAUAAUAGCAUUUGCUUUAACAUGCUUUUUAGGAAAUAAUUCCUUUUUAUGAAUCGCACAAUAAAAUUUUGGGCAU